UUUAAGCUUCGGUUAACUGAAAUCUUAAUGUUAUGCGCAAUAAGUUAAAAGUUAUUUGUUGAAAGAAAUCAAGUAUUGAUCAACGAAUUAUAACCAUUAAACCCUUGCAUAGUUACACUAACUAUUUGAUAAAUAAUGUACUGCUUACUAAUCCGUAUUUUUAAUGUUUGUAAACUAGUGGGUAACAAAGUUCAAUAAUUUCACAGGAUGUGCAAAUGUAAAGUGAUAACUUGGAGUCAAUGGCUUAAGUCAGUUUCUUCAGAGACAACGAUUAAUUCGAUUAAAGACUAUGAUUUGAAGAAUAUACAGUCUCUAGUCUACUUGACGAAAGGUGGCUUCCCCUUGCUUAAGCUGUCUACAGAAUCAUGUUCAAUCCACUGAGUAUUAAUUCUUAAUAAAGCAAUUUACAAACCUUAAAUGCCGCACAUUUCUUCGCCAUUUUGUUAUUCCAAAUGCGGAACCCCUCAUGCUUACGCAAGAGAUGCCGAGAAGUUCGUGCGACUGUCUUUAUACGAAAGGAAAUAUAAGCAUGCCUCCUCUCCCUUGCCUCACAAGAAUCGCAAUGGAAAAGUUACUCGAAGAGUUUCUGAAUUCAUGUCCCAAUUCCAAACAGCCCAUCAUAAUUGAUCACUUGCAACAAAAACGAAAGCGAUUAUGUUACACUGACACUAACAAAAAACCGGUCUGCAUUGAACUUGAGGCGUCUGAUACAGAUUUGUUGCAAAAAAUGCAAAUGUUCAACUACGUAUGCUCCCUGUCGGCCGACCCAAACCAAGAAUCGGCUUUCGAGUGCCUUAAGAUAUAGCGCCUGCCUACGGCCAUUUACGACUUAUACACUACACCCAAGCAUAAGGCUUAAAACACAUAAAGAAC